AUGUAUUUUAAUGAUAAGCCUUUCGUUCUAAUCAGACACAUUUUUAUGUUGGAAAAGAAGUUCGAACAGACCAAAUAUCUAGCCGGAUCUGAUCGUGCACAAUUAGCCCAGGAGUUGAGCAUGAGCGAGAGUCAAGUGAAGGUGUGGUUCCAAAACCGACGUACGAAAUGGCGUAAGAAGGAAGCCGCUGACAACGCUCUCGGUAAACGUCAAGAAGAUCUGAAAUCACCCAGUGAGCAGAUUCAGACCCUGCAGAACAUUCCUUUUAUCACUUCUCCGAACUGA